GCCGGCUGCAGCGGCCUGACCUUCCAGGGCCCGAGGGGGCGGGGUGCCCGGCCGGCCCCUCCGCCCGCCUGCCUGCCCAUUCUCCCUGCGCCCUGCGCUCCAAACCCAGCCGCGGGCCCUGGCAGCCCGCUCAGCCCCAUGACCACCGGACACCCGGCCGCCGUCCUGGGCAGACCCCGCCGAUGUCGGGAGCGAUCUUCCCGCCCCCGGAGGGCCCAGGCGCUCUGGACGCUGCGAGCGGCCACCCGCUCGUGUGCCCGCUGUGCCACGCGCAGUACGAGCGCCCGUGCCUGCUCGACUGCUUCCACCACGUCUGCGCCGGCUGCCUGCGCGGCCGCGCCGCCGACGGCCGUCUCGCCUGCCCGCUGUGCCAACACCAGACGGUGGUGAAGGGCCCCGGCGGGAUCCCUCCUGUGGACCGGCUGCUGCAGUUCCUCGUGGACAGCUCGGGGGACAGCCUGGAGGUGGUGCGCUGUGCCAACUGUGACCUGGAGUGCAGCAAGCAGGACUCCGAGACCACGUACUUCUGCAACACGUGUGGGCAGCCGCUGUGUGCGCGCUGCCGCGAAGAGACGCACCGGGCUCGCAUGUUUGCGCGCCACGAUAUCGUGGCCCUAGGCCAGCGCAGCCGCGACGUGCUCCAGAAGUGCCCGCUGCACGCGGAGCCCUACAUCAUGUUCUCCACCGACAAGAAGUCGCUGCUGUGCAUCCGCUGCUUCCGGGACAUGCAGGGGGAGAGCCGAGCCCACUGUGUGGACCUCGAGUCGGCCUACGUGCAGGGCUGCGAGCGGCUGGAGCAGGCGGUGCUGGGCGUGAAGGCCCUGCAGACAGCCACGCGGGAGGCCAUCGUGCUGCUGCAGACAAUGGUGGAGGAGGUGCGGUGCAGCGCGGCGGAGGAGGAAGCCGCCAUCCACUCCCUGUUCGGCAGCAUGCAGGACAAACUGGCCGACAGGAAAGCGCUGCUGCUGCAGGCCGUGCAGAGCCAGUAUGAGGAGAAGGACAAGGCCUUCAAGGAGCAGCUCUCCCACCUGGCCGCCCUGCUGCCCAUCCUGCAGGUUCACCUGGUCAUCUGCUCCUCCUUCCUCAGCCUGGCCAACAAGGCCCAGUUCCUGGACCUGGGCUACGAGCUGAUCGAGAGGCUGCAGGGCAUCGCCACACAGCCGCAUCGCCUCCGGCCAGCACAGAGCAGCAAGAUCGUCAGCGACCACCGCGCCGAGUUCUCCCGCUGCCUGGAACCGCUGCUGCUGCCGCCGCCGCCGGGACCUCACCGGGCAGCAGGUGCUGGGGGCGGCACCCACAUGUUAGCAGGGGGCUCAGGCCCCAAGGGGCUGGGGGUGCCCGGCUGCCCUUCCCCGGUAGGGAAGGUGUUGGGGCCACCAGUCCAGAAGCCCACGCUGCACCGGUCCAUCAGCACCAAAGUGCUGCUGGCAGAGGGGGAGGACACGCCCUUCAUGGAGCACUGUCGCCACUUUGAGAACUCCUACCGGCGCCUGCAGGCCGACACGCAGAGCCUGAAGGACCAGGUCCAGGAGCUGCACCGGGACCUCACCAAGCACCACUCGCUCAUCAAGGCCGAGAUCAUGGGCGACAUCCUGCACAGGGCCCUGCAGGUGGACGCGCGGAUCGACGCGCAGCACGCUUCCGUGGAGGGCAUGAGGGCCGUCUUCCAGGAGCUGUGGGAGGAAGCCUACCAGCGGGUGGCCGACGAGCAGGAGAUUUAUGAAGCCCAGCUCCGUGACCUGGUCCAGCUGAAGCAGGAGAACGCCCGCCUGACCGCCAUCACCAAGCACAUCACGCCCUACGUCCGCUCCAUCGCCAAGGUGAAGGAGCGGCUGGAGCCCAGGUUUCAGGCACCCGUGGACGAGGAAUCCCAGCAUCUACAGAAUGUGCAUGAGGACAGCACAGGCGAGGAGACCCAGGCCAGGGGAGACCCGGUGUGCGCCACAGACAAGAGGGAGCAGACCUCAGAGCCCAGAGGAAGCGGCCACUCCCUGGACGGCCCCCCAGGAGAGCCUGCACCGAAAAACAGAGAUGCUCACGGACCCAAACCAAAAAACGGGGGUGACAGCCCCCCGAGGAGGGAGCACCCCACUUAGUGGACGGGGUGGGUCCCAGGGGCUUGGGCCCAGCCCGCUGAGAGGGGGCUCCCCUCGGGACGGCUUUGUCUGAGGGCAGAGGGUGACUGUCUCCUGGCGUCAAACCCAGAGAUGCUCUGAAAGGCCCUCGUUUCAGAUCCUUUCGCUUCGCUUUCCCUGAGUUCACCCAGCCUGGUGUCUGGUCCUCACCACGGUGACCGGUGACCAGUGACCAGGGAGGAGCGCCAGCCUACAGGGACAGCGAGUGAGGGAACAGCCGGCCUCACGCCACUCCCUGGUCCAGCCUCUCCCGGUGCCUGUGCGUGGGCCCAUCCUGGGGUCACCACCUGCACGCCCAUGAGGACGUGCAGCUCUGGACGUGGGUGACAGGACUCCGCCCUGAAAGGAAUCCGGUUCCUCCUGCAUCGCAGCCCCACUGUCAGCCGGGAGCCACUGGGAGGCUCCUCCCCGGGACCCGAGCGCUGACUCAGCGGAGGGGAGAAACCCACACCCGCUCCCCUCCCUGGCGGCCGGGCGGGGCUCCCAGGGCAGCGUGCAGGGCAGGAGGGGGUCCCUCCACAGCCCCUCCACUCCCUCUCCCACGGCCGUCUCACCCCGUGCCCGCCUCCUGUGGCUUACUGAAGCGGAGUUGGCGGCAGACUUUCUCUGGGCGUGUCCCACUCCUACCUGAUGCCCUGUUCACAGGUAGAAAUUGGUACUUUUCCAAAAGGAAAAUUAACCUAUGGGACCUAAAAUUCAAAGUUUUGGAGGCAAAACGAUGCCCAGAGAGACACCUGUAAGCAAACAUCCAUCUUGGUUCAGGGGUUCAAACGGCGAACGGCUUCCCCAUGCCAGCUGGGCCCACACGUCACUAUGUGACUGUCACAGGUGACCUUGUGACACCCCUGGACCUGCCAUCUCAGGCCCCCGAGUCCCCGUGCCGAAGCACCGCACACUUACUUCCACGGGGGCCGACAGCGUGCGGGCCGCUGGCAUCGCGAGCCUCGGAGAGGUAGGGAUUCAGAACCGAA